GCGUGUUGUCAAACAAAUAACUCUGUCCCAAGGACUUCUAGCUAGUGUUAGCUCGGCCAAGUUGGCUCGUUUAGUCAUUAGCUGAACUUAAUUAACAGCGGUUUCUUUUUGCUCGAAGUCACUCAACAUGUCUGAAGUUGUGCAUCCACCCGAAAGCGUCUACAACCUCAUACCGAAGGAGGAGGUUCAUACUCAGAAACCGCCGAUGUACAUGUCCAAGUUUAGACCGACAGUUGUUCUUGAGAAAAAGUCAACCAAGGAUGCAAUGAGGACGAUGGGACCAGCAAAAGUAGAGGUGCCAUCCCCAGACAAAUACCUCAAGAAGCAUUCAAAAGAACCCAAACUGCCUGAAAAAACACAGAGCUCGAAAGAAGUUCGUCACAUCUACACUGCGAGAAAACCGGCUGUUCCUGUGAGGACAGACAACCCACCUAUGGUCAUGCAUACCAAGAGAGACUUUAUAAAGACAACUACACUGGUUCCAAUGAAACCACAGCCGACCUUUGUGGACACCAAGAAGGGACACAAGCAGCGCCUUGAAAAUUCAGGACUUGUCCCCAAAUACAUCAAGAAAAAGGAUUAUGGAGAAGUGCCUGAGUACCUUCUGCAGCGGAGUGAAGAAGAGCAGAGGGCUCAGGAGGAGUAUGACAACUUUGUGAAAGAACAGAAGGAGCAGGGAGCCAUGAAACACCUGUCUGACGAGGAGCGUCAAGCGGUCGUGGAGGGCCUGAAGAAGAGCUGGGAUGAGGUGCACCAUGAGUACCAGGGCCUCUCGCUCGUCAUCGACACCUUGUCAAAGAAAGCCCACAAGGAGCGGCUCGAAGUGGCGAUGAAGCAGCUGGAGAACGACAUUAACCUCUUCGAGAGGUUCAAAAGCAUCUACAUACCCAUUACUAGGACAUAAAAAACACUCUCAGGGAUUUACUUUAAGGAAUAUUAAAAUUUAAGCAUCAGAAAAGGCCAAACUAUUAUUCUUUCUGUCUUGCAUCCUGUUUUCCUGCCUUGCAAAUGUGUUGAAUCAGAGAACUUCUUUGCAAAAAGCUGGAAGUAAAGGCUUGAAAUCUUGAGAAUCCUUUAAAAUCAAUUUCAUUCUGACUGAAUAAAAAAUUC